UUGGCCCCGGCGCCUCGCCGUCGCCCUGUGCGGAGGCGUUCACUACUUGAGGUGAUGGCGACUGGGACGCCAGAUUCGCAAGCGCGAUUCGGUCAGUCCGUGAAGGGGCUUCUCACGGAGAAGGUGAACACCUGUGGUACCGACGUGAUCGCGCUCACCAAGCAGGUGUUGAAGGGCUCCCGGAGCUCCGAGCUGUUGGGCCAAGCAGCUCGAAACAUGGUACUGCAGGAAGAUGCCAUCUUGCACUCAGAAGAUAGCUUAAGGAAAAUGGCAAUAAUAACAACACAUCUUCAAUACCAGCAAGAAGCUAUUCAGAAGAAUGUUGAGCAGUCUUCAGAUCUGCAGGCCCAGCUGAACCAUCUGUUGAAAUAGAAUGGCUUACAAGAAGACAUAAGCACUUCUGUGCCUGACACUGAGGAGGAAGUAUUUUGCUUGACCCUUGUGCUAUAGGUUUGAUUUUUCCAUUUUCCUCUCUAAAAGUAGUUGGAAAGAUUUGAAUGAAGUACAGUUUAUCCUGACAUAAAGCUAGGUGGCUGAAUUCUGGAAGCAGUUCUUGAAGCAAACUAACCCAUAUUCUUAAUGACUCUUUAAGUUGCUCUGUUCAGUUUGAUGGUGAAGCAAAAUUAAAAGAUGUCUUAGUUUUUCCCAUAGAAACUUACUUAUUUUAAAAUAUAUUUUUAAUAUGUCAAAAA